AUGCUCCUGGUGAUUCUGGUCACAUUUCUUUUGAUGAUUGACCUUGUGAAAAGGAGACGUCCCAGGAAUUUCCCUCCAGGGCCACAGCUCUUUCCUCUUGUGGGAACCUUUGUGGACUUUAAGCAGCCCCUCCAUCUUGCACUGCAGAAGCUUACUGGUCGGUAUGGGAACAUCUUCAGCGUGCAGUUUGGAAGUCUGACUUUUGUGGUAGUCAACGGGUACCAGAUGGUGAGAGAAGCUCUUGUCCACCAGGCUGAAAUAUUUACAGAUCGUCCAAAUAUUCCACUCCUCCAAGAAAUAUUUAGAGGCUUUGGGCUCAUAUCAUCAAAUGGGCAUAUAUGGAGGCAACAGAGAAAGUUUGCUUCAGCAACACUGAAAAGCAUUGCUGUAAGUUUUGAGGAAAAAGUGCAAGAGGAGAGCCGGUACCUUGUGGAGACGAUCGAGGAGGAGAAAGGACAACCAUUUGACCCUCAUUACAAAAUUAAUAGCGCUGUUUCAAACAUCAUCUGUUCCAUAACUUUUGGGAACCGCUUUGACUACCAUGACAACCGUUUCCAGGAAUUACUGCACUCACUGGCUGAAACGCUGCUACUCAUCGGAAGUUUCUGGGGCCAGCUGUAUAAUGCUUUUCCUUUGGUCAUGAGAUGGCUACCAGGACCCUUUAGGAAAAUCUUCAGGCACUGGGAGAAACUUCAAUAUUUUGUGAAGGGAGUGAUUGCAAAGCACAAGGAGGAUUUGGACCAGUCCGAGGCAGGAGAUUACAUUGACUGUUACCUGAAGGAAAUAGAAAAAUUUAAGGGUGACACCAGCUCAUAUUUCCAUGAGGAAAACCUGCUGUGCUCCACCCUGGACCUCUUCUUAACUGGGACUGAGACAACGGCAACCGCCAUCCGCUGGGCUCUGCUCUACAUGGCCGCAUACCCCCACAUUCAGGAGAAAGUGCAGCUCGAAAUCGACACAGUGAUUGGCCAGUCCCGCCAACCCAUGAUGGCCGACAAAGAGAACAUGCCCUACACCAGGGCAGUGCUGAGCGAGGUCCUACGGAUGGGUAACGUUGUGCCACUGGGGGUGCCCAGGAUGUCCACCAGCAACACCACCCUGGCUGGCUACCACCUGCCCAAAGGCACCACCCUGAUGACCAGCCUGACUUCGAUAAUGUUCGACAAAAACGUGUGGGAGACUCCAGACACCUUUAAUCCCGAACAUUUCCUGGAAAACGGCCAGUACAGGAGGCGGGAGGCUUUCCUGCCCUUCUCUGCAGGCAAGCGGGCUUGUCCCGGGGAGCAGCUUGCCAGGACUGAGCUCUUCAUCUUCUUUGCAGCCCUCCUGCAGAAGUUCACCUUCCGGGCACCGGCGGCUGCUGCAGUGACCUUCGCCUUCACGCUCAGCCUCACGCGCUGUCCCAAGCCCUUCCAGAUCCGUGCGCUGCCUCGUGACUGA